AUGCUGCGUGUCACGUGGAUCGCCAUCGCGCUGUGCGUCGGCCUAGUGGCCUGCAACCCGACGAACGGUGGGUAUCGAGAUGGUCGAAUCGUCGGUGGGUACGAUGCAACGUCUGGCCAGUUUCCGUACCAGGCGUCACUGCGGCGGCCACCAAACUUCCAUUUCUGCGGUGGAUCCAUCAUCGGACCACGCUGGAUCCUUUCGGCGGCACACUGCACGAUCUCGAUGGAACCGGCCGACCUGAACGUGUACGUGGGCAGUGUGAGUCUGUCGUCGGGUGGCGUCUACUAUCCGACGAUGCGUGUCGUGAAUCAUCCACUGUACGAUGCGGACACCAUCGAGAACGAUAUCAGCUUGAUACAAACGGUGGAUCCGAUCGUGUUCAACGAGCACACGCAACCCAUCGGUCUGGGAUCGUCUUUCCUGCUGUUCGGCACCGGAGCCACCAUUUCCGGCUGGGGUAGAUCUAACACGAUGGACAGCGGUGCGGCUGUGGUACCGGACAAUUUGCAGUACAUGACCGUCGACGUACUGACGAUGGAGGAAUGUCGCGCGGAACGUCCCGGCUCGGGUAACAUCUUCGACAGUGUCAUGUGCGUUUCGAGCCCAGCCGGUCAAGGCGCGUGCUCGGGCGAUUCCGGUGGACCGCUGUCGUACGAUGGCAUGGUUCACGGUAUUGCGUCCUUCGUGCGCGUUCCCUGUGCUACGGCCGUCUCCGAUGUGUAUGAGCGUGUCUACUCGCACUUGUCGUGGAUAGCGUCGGUCAUGGUGUGA